GCAGGGAAUAACCACUGGUAUGGUGCUACAUAGACUAUGGUGUCUACUGAGGCACCACCCCCAGGGAAUAACAACCACUAGUGUGGUUCUCUAUAGACGGUGGUGUCUACUGAGGCACCACCGGGCAGGGGAGAGCGACAGCUGGCUUACGGUCGGACUGAGCAGUGUGACUGUGGAGAGGGGGUCGGGUGGUGUAACGACGCAGGCCCAGCUGGUAGCGUAGGUUGGGUUGCGAGGUGGUGUCAGUGGUGCCUGGAGGCGGUUCGGGCUCACAUAUACCCUCUCGUCCUGCCAUUAGCUGUCUGGCACUCCUUGCUGGUCCACCACGCACUACCAUCGCCGCUUCACACUCAGUGCCAACCUGCACAAACACAUACACACACACACCUUACAUAUAAACUGACUAGUAAUAUGAUGUAGGAGACUGGCCUCCCUUCCAGCACUCACACUGCCAAUUUCCUCUCGAUUACCAAGAUUGUGGAGUUUAUUUACUCGUGCGUUGUUCCGUGGUGUUGUACACUGCCACUCAUCCAUUCAUGCACAGCGGUGUUGCAGUAGUGGCAGAGGUCGUCACCCCAAUGUCUUUACUGUGAAGUAAUCAAGAUAAUGAUUUGCUGGUAGGUUGAGGUGACGCUGGCCACGUGAAGGUGAGAAGCGUGUUGUGUGUAUACAUGCAGAACUAGUACUGUUGCUUUAUUGAGGCGCCGUGGAACAGCUGCAGUCAUCGUCCUGCUGCUGUGCAUUGUUCAGCAAGGACACUGAAGGUGCUGUACAUCCUGGUUGGAUGAGGUGGGGAGCAGUACUGGUGAAGGCUGUGAGUGCAGUGCGCUAUUGAGCGGGGCUUCUUGCCCAGUACAUGCACAUUGGUGAACCUUUACAGACAUUUGCAUAUCGCACUCUUACCUGCUCGCUCGCUACGGUGAUUGCUUCACAGAGGUGUGGCGUGGCGGCGGGAUGCGGUUCAACAAGUGCGAGUUGGCCUCCCUGGCCGCACACCCGUCCCACCAGUUCGACAAGGAGGGUGUCCUCCUUCUAAGGGAACGCCACGACGGCUUCUUCAGGAGGUCAGAAGGCGGUGACGGAGUGCUGGCCAGGAGGAAGAAGGCUCCGUUGAGGGAGUUAAGCUGUGUCGCGCCUCACACCCCAGUGAGCACAGAGAGAUGGUGUCGUCUGCGAGGCAACCUACUCUUUUACUUCAAGUCAAGAGACCACUGGUCAGAGCCUGCUGGAGUUAUUGUUCUGGAAAAUUGCCAGGUGACGUUAGAUGACUCCACAGAAGCCCCAUUUGCCUUUAACCUUGUGUUUGAGGGAGGAACACAACAUUGUGCAGCAUUAUGCCAGAGUGAGAGAGACUCAUGGAUAACAGCCAUCCACCAGGCAUCAUUUGCUUACAUGAGACUACAAGUGGAAGCUCUUCAGCAACAGGUCACUGCAAGACAGUCAUCUCUUCCAACGGAUAUUCAUCGGCACCGUAUCAACACUGGGGUCACUCUAGGUGUGCAAGGUAGGCGCAGUCCCCCUGUAGAUGUUAAUGAGCCCCCAUUUUUGGAAAUAUCUGUGGCUUGUGACAAUCUGCGUUGUGAUGGUGAUGGGCAGCCGCCAUCCCCAAGGGUAACAGUGCAAGUUCUCAACCGACCACAGACUACAUGGAUUCAUUAUGCACAGACUGAAGUUAUUGAAAGAACAAGUAAUCCAAAUUUCCUCUCCACUGUAAGUUUUCGCAAAAGUGAUGGGUUGGAUGCCAAUACACAAGUUCGACUGGCUGUGUACGAUGUGAGGGAGAGAGUCACCAACACUACCACUCAACUGGGUCAAGCAAUGGUGAGUCUUGGUGGGUUGCUCGAGACUGGUCGGUCACGUCUUAGUUUGCAGUCACCUCUCGGCCGGAACGUGGGCUUCAUUACCAUAACAGCCUGGACACUAGAAGCAGAGUCUGUAGAUGCUUCUACACAUACACCCAGCAAUGCAACACCACACCACCAGCCAGCACCACCACCUGUUGCCUGUCACCGCCGCACACAGUCUCUCCCUCCACGACUCAGCUCCAAAACUAGACAUCCCACCCAGGGGCACCUGAGUCUCCUGUAUGACAAUCCUACAAUGGCCACCUUCAGGUUUCACUCUGGGCUUGGUGGUGACAUAGCUGUCUUAGAGGUCAUGGCAGAGAGUCGUUACUGCUUCACAUUUCCCCAGCAGUUGCUGCGAUUGUGGAUCUCUGAGGAAAGACGAUGGCAGGAAGAGCUCUCAUCACUGGGAGACUUAGCGGACCAGUGGCACACCAGACAGAUGGCACUGCUCAAUCAACACGUGACACUCAUCAAUAUCUAUAACAUGGCUCUUGAUACUCUGGAUGUUGCUGCACAUUCAGGGUCAAGCUUAAAGAAAAGUAUGGACAAAGGAGAAACAUCACUGGAAAUGGCUCCAACAAAUCUUCACCUUCAAAGACUUUGGGCUCAAAAUGAAUCUCUCCGACGCUCCGGAUUUUAUGACGUCAUUACAAGUGGUGUCUUCAGUGCCUAUUCACAGGGCUAUAAGAAUGGAGGUCUGGUCAAUAUGCUUCAGAAAGCCAAGAGCUCACGAAGAACUCCAGGUGGGGGUGACAAGGCCUGGGCUAGUGAGGCUGCAGUGGAAGGUGUCAAAAGACUGAGACAAGAAGUGACAACACUUCUUCGAGCUCUGUUAGUCUCUCUAAGGCAAGAGGAUACUGACACACUUGCUAAACUUCUCCUGAAAUUACAAGAAAAAACACGUUCACUUCUAAAUAUCAUUGAACCUUCAUUGGUUGAAGAAGCAUUUGAGUUUUUGGAUCAGAUUCGAGUGCCUCAAAAUCCAUCUCGAAUCCUUACCCUUGCAACACGCACUUAUUCAUCCUAUAAGAUUGCUGGUUAUCUAAGCCCUGAAACUGCCUUGGAUAUAGAGUUGAUGUCUCCUGAUGUUGCCAGUGUACCUUUGUGUGAUAAGUCAAACAAUAGACUUACAGAUAUGGGACGAAUUAGUACCACAAUUAUAACUAAUAAAGAGAUAGAUAUUAUGGAUGUACAAGAGAACAGUGUGUAUAGACCAACUGAUGAACCUGAACCUUGGGAUCUGAUCCAGCUCAAUGUGCAGGCCAGUGUAAUGUGCCUCAGUAGCAAAAUAAAAACUUUCUGUAAGAGAAUGAAUGAGGUUAUUGGGAAUAAAGGGUUAGUGCCUAAUGUUAAUGAAAACGAAUCACAAAGUGAAUUCCAGAGAACUUCAAAAGAUAAAAAUAAUGAUACUAGACAAAACGAAAAUUGUUUAUUGAAUAGUGUUUGUGAAAGAACCAGUCCGAGUAAAAGUAAAGUGUCAGUGAGUGAAGCCCAGAAUAUCAGCUCAAAUCUUGCAGCUCAAAACCCAGCUCUUAUUUCAUCAUCAGUUGGCUCUGAUACAAGCCAAGUCUCAGGGAGGUCAGUGUCAUCUAGUCUGGGUGUUGCCAGAACCAAUGAAAGUCAACAGUCUUCCUGUUCUGCAACACCUGAUGUCUCUCCAUGUGAAGAAGACAGUGGCAUUGGUCUAGAACGUGUUACAAGUGAAGUUGAAAAAACGGAUUGUAUAAGUGAAGGUGGACUCUCAGCUGAUGAGGAAAGAAGAGAUGAUCUCUUACCCCUUGACAAGGUUGAGAUAAAUGACUCGCGUUAUGUGGGUGAUAGUACAUGUGUCAAAUCUGGUAAAUUAGAAUCAAUAAUGGAACAAAGUAUAGAAGAUUUAGGUAGUACAGCAGAUGGAGAAUUGAAGUCAGAAAUUUGUAAUGAUAAAAUUAUGUCUGAUGGUUUAACUGUGUGUGUGAAUGAAGAUACUUCAGUAACUAAGCCAAAUGAAUCUGAAACUAACACAGAAUACCUGCAGUCUGAUGUAUCAAGGAUCAGUGAUGAUAGUGAUAAAACGUGCGUGGAGCUUCAUAGACAUGGGGAAGAGGAAAAUGAAAACAGUGAGAGAGACAUUAUUAAUUCUAACAAUAUUUGUAGAUUUGCUGAAACAGAUAAUAAAAUUAAAAGUACAAAUAAAGAACUGUCAUUUAAAACAGUGUCAAGUAAUGAAACAGUGAUACAAGAUAAAAAUGAAGCCAACACUCCUGAGGAAGUAGACUGGGUAGGAGAAGUCAGACCAAGCAUGAAAAAGCUGAGACAAGCAAUGGAUGGAUUAAUGCGAACUGCACGCCUUGUACACAGUGUGUUUCGUUUACAGCAAACUCCAGAAGCUGCACAGCAGUCCCAUGGUAUCAAAUACAGAAGAGAUAUUUGUUUUUCACAAGCGCUGACCACAUUGGUGACGAGCUUGAUGACAAGACUGUGGUGCAGAAAAGCAGACCCAUUGUUUGUGACUGUCUUGGCUCAUCUGGGACCACUUGCUGAAUUUGAGUGCCUUGUUUCAUGUCAUGGAAGAGAGGAAGGUAUGCUGAGUGACAUGGUUGUUGCUGUGGAGGAUCUUGGAACAGUUGAGUUUGUUAUGGUGUCUUCUGCAGGACCACAAAAUGGUGGACGUACACGUAGUGAAGGAGCUGUGCCCCCACCACCAUCAUAUGAGUUACCUAUGCCAUAUGUCUCAGGAAAUAGAUGUGGGUUACGAGUAGUGUUACCAGUGCCAGAACAUGUAUUGAGCCUCCUGCCAACUGCCAACACUCAACAGCCUAAUGAUCCUCCAAGUUUCUGUGUUACACCAGUGCUCUUUAAUGUUGGCAUCAAUGAAGAGGCUACCCUAGCAGAGAAAGUGAGAACAGAUGGUCCUCAGUCACGUAACAAUCAAGACAGCUUUGAGAGAUUAUCGCAGUAUUAUCACCGCUUCAAGAAACUGCCCCUACCACAAGAAAACAGUAGAAGAGUGGCAUCCAUGGGAAGUGAGGUUCCUCUGGUGGAUCUCAUAGACAAACUAGGCGUAGAAGUGAUGUCUCAGAGAAGCAAGAACCCAAGUGUCCUCUACCUGGCUGCUCAGUGCUGUCGUGCAAUGGCAGGUCUUCGCUUCACCUCUUGUAAAAGUGGAAAGGAUCGUACAGGAAUGAGUUCCACACUAGAGCAAGCUAACAUUUUGGCAGCGGAAUAUGAUUUAGCUGAAACAGAAUUUCAGCGUGCUCUCAACUGCAUGAGAAGUGAAGGGACAAGAUUAGAAAAUUGUCAGAAGAACAUUGGGUCACGCAAGUAUGCCUUUUCUGCUAUUAACUUAACAAUGUUUCCUCGUCAGUAUCGCCCACCUUCUGGUACAUAUGGAUCCAAGAUAACUUAAAAAGUUGAAUUUAUAUUACUUUUUAUAUUGUUUGUGGGAUGUCAUUUGUUGGAAAUGUUUUGCAACUGACAAGGAAUGCCAUUCAAUUUUAAAAUGUAUAACAUUUAGAAGGAACAGUAUACGAACAUUUAGUGUAAAAUUUUCUAAGAGGAAUAAUAGCCCAGUCUCUUUUAGCUGUUACAUUAUGUAAAUGAGUGCAUUAUCGCAUAAAGUUUGUUUUAAGACAGUAAUUAUAAUCAUAAGAUGUGAGAAUUUUUCUGCUGUAUAAUGAAGCAAGAAUUUUUAUUUUUAGUUUAUAUUGGUGAACUUAACAAAUACAUUGUUUGUGCUAGAUAUGCCUCUUUGUGCAAGUGUUGAGAAGCAUUGCACUGUUGUAAAGAGAAGUCCACUGAAAAGGUUUUGCUGUACCAGCAUUUGUAUUUACUAUUUAUAUUCAAAUAUUGGCAGUUUGGAGGGACUUCUAAAGUGUCGUAUUUGAGCGCCUCUGCAAAGACAGUGAUUAUGUAUGAGAGGUGAAAGUGUUGAAUGAUGAUGAGAGUAUUUUCUUUCAUUUUGGGGAUGUUCUUUCUUUAUGGGUCACCCUGCCUCGGUGGGAGACAGCCGAUGUGUUAAAGAAAAAUAUUUAAAUAUUUCC